AUGGUUGAUGUUCCUCCAAACAACCCCAACCACCCUCGGUGGCUACUUGAUCUCGAACAAUGGGCGAUCCGUGACUAUCGAGAGAUCGAAGACGACGUGAUACAGAAAGGAUAUGGCAUUAUCUCCUAUACCUGGGGCAGGUGGGCCUCAUGGAACGAGCUCCCCCUUGACCUGCCGCAAGGAUUACUGUGGCGAAUUCCGAUUGUUGAAAGCCUGCCUCUGGUCCUAGCUCGGCGGGUAGUUUCGAGCAUGGAUAUUCGAUACGUGUGGUGGGAUUGGAUGUGUGUUCCCCAGGGAAAUGCAGAUACAUUGUCCCCAGAUCUAUUACAGGCCAAGGGGCAAGAGGUUGGAAAGCAAAUGGUAAUCUACCAAGGGGCAAAGAAAAGCAUCGUAUGGCUUCAUCUCACGGAGUGGGGUGUGGAUUCUCCAAUCGAGAAGUUGCUGAAGAAUCAGUUGGAUAGGCAGAGCCUCCCUGCGUAUCUAGAAGCUGUUGAUGGCCUACUCCAAGCCAUUCGGGAGGGUGAGCCUUGGUUGACCUCUGGCUGGACACUACAGGAAGGGGUCCUUCUUAGUGAAACUCUUCUGUUGGAUCACAACGGUAAGACACUAUCCGAUGAGCGUUUCCUCCACAACCAAGGCCAGGCCUCCGUCCUCGAUCUUACAGCCGGUCUCACAACAUUCGCAAUCCACAUUGCCACGGCUUUCCUGAAGAUCAGUGAGACGAAAGAUGGAGGUGACUACGACGAAGUAGUUAGGCUCAUCAGUGAAUCGCCAGAAAGCUAUCAGUCUGUUGCACAGUUCCUCUCCCGUCUCCUGCGCUCAGGUCUAAUCGCCUACACCAAGAAGUCCCCGCUGUACAUCCUAGCCGGAAAGCUUUCGCGCAAAUUCGGUGUCGAGGCAGAUCAAUGCUGGGCAUUGUUAGGAGCACUGGACCUAGGGAAUGUUACUCCGUGGUACGAUAAUUCCCAGGAUAUGGACCGCGUCAAGUCCGUCUUCUUUGCAAAUCUGCUUCAGGAACAUCAGUGGUCCACUUUACUGGUUGCCAACGGAAGUAAAGUACCGGAGCUUUCUGAACUACCGUGGCACAUCAAAUUAACUGAUGGUAAAUACCUGCCUUUGGGGAUAUUUUUUGACGUCAAUUGGAGGCCGAACCUCCCGGGUCUGUCGUGGACUCACCCAACUCCCAAAAAUGAUGCGAUUCACAUCCAGACCAAGACCGGAGCGCCAUUCGCCGUUGUGAAGGUUGGUGAGAACGGGAAAGCGCUCUGCAGGCGCUACGAACAGCUUUCGAGUCCUGACGGGGCAGAAUACAUUCAUGUUGUUUCUCUUAGGCCCUUGGAACCUUCCCCGACGAUGUACUUCCCAAUUGCAGAUCUGGAAGCUAGGCCAAACAUGCCUGGAGCACGCUGCAUUGAAAUUAUUCCUACCGGAUCAGGGCCUCAUGCUGCUGGUAUAUUCCAGGGCGUGAUUGAUAUUUGGGCAACUGAAGCUACUUUGAUAGAGACUCACUUCACCAAAAUUUCAAUGCUCAGCGGGGUCUAA